CUUUAAAGUUAUAUUGAUGGUGUUAUAAAAGAAAAAUACUGUUGUUGAUAACGACGAAAAUACGUAAGAGACAAAUAUAACCCCUCUUUGGUGCAAUUUCAAACGACGAGUUUCUCAAGCAUUUAACUCUGUAUUUCGUCGUUCAAUACACCAGUCGAGAAGAUUAAACCAAGCCAUGGGGAUUGACGGAAAUAAUAUACUUGCGGAAAGUUUAAAAAAACAGGGUAUUGAAUAUGUAUUUGGCAUCGUGGGGAUCCCCGUUAUUGAAACAUCAAUGGCAUUUCAAUCAGUUGGCAUCAAAUACAUUGGCAUGAGAAAUGAGCAAGCUGCAUGCUAUGCUGCUCAAGCCAUUGGAUACCUAACAGGAAAACCCGGGGUAUGUCUUGCCGUAUCUGGUCCAGGGUUAUUACAUUGCAUUGGAGGUAUGGCCAAUGCACAGGUCAACUGCUGGCCGCUGCUGAUGCUGGCUGGAUCCUGUCCUGAAGACCAUGAGGGUAUUGGUGGAUUCCAGGAAUGGCUACAGGUGGAAUCGUCCCGUCUGUACUGCAAGUACGCCGCUCGGCCGCCCUCCCCGCGCCUCAUACCGCUGCACGUGGAGAAGGCGGUGCGGUACGCGUCCGCCGGCCGACCGGGCGCCGCAUACCUCGACCUGCCCGCUACGCUGCUCACUGGCGAAGUAGACGAAGACAAAGUGCCACUGGACUUCUACAACGCUGGGCCGCCAUCGCUGGCCUACCCCAACCCGGCCCUAGUGGACAGGGCCGCGGAACUUCUGGCUAAGGCCGAGCGACCCCUGAUCAUAGUCGGCAAGGGGGCAGCAUACGGCCACGCCGAGGACGCGAUAAGAAAACUGGUUGACAACACCCGUGUGCCUUUCUUGCCGACGCCUAUGGGUAAAGGCGUAGUGCCGGACAGCAGUGAAUACUGCGUGUCGACGGCUCGUACUCAAGCGCUACUGAAGGCGGAUGUGGUGGUGUUGUUGGGCGCGCGACUCAACUGGAUGUUACACUUCGGUCAGCCGCCCCGGUUCGCGCCCGAUGUUAAGAUUGUACAGGUGGACAUAUCACCCGAGGAAUUCCACAACAGUGUGAAAUCCGAGGUGGCGGUACACUCUGACAUCAAACCGUUUGUAGAAGCUCUGACUGACAGACUGGCGCAGAAGAAGUUCGCCGUGUCAACUAACAAUGCCUGGUGGAAGGGGUUGAAGGAGAAGCAGAAGAAGAAUACGGAGUUUGUUGAGUCGCAAGCGAACGACACAUCACUCCCGCUAAACUACUACGCGGUGUUCAAGACUGUCCAAGCUAACAUUCCCGCCGACAGUAUUAUCGUGAGUGAAGGCGCCAAUACCAUGGACAUCGGCCGCGGCAUGCUGAGCAACAACCUGCCUAGGCAUAGACUGGACGCGGGCACUUUUGGGACUAUGGGGGUGGGUCCCGGUUUCGCGGUGGCGGCGGCAUUAUGGUGCCGCGACCACGCGCCCGGCAAACGCGUUAUCUGUGUUGAGGGCGACUCCGCGUUUGGAUUCUCAGGCAUGGAGAUCGAGACGAUGUUCCGUUACAAUCUACCAGUGAUCAUCAUUAUAGUUAACAACAACGGUAUAUACAACGGUUUAGACGCCGAAACCAUGGCCAGUCUGCGCGAAGCCGGGGAUCCGGCUACAUGCUCUCCCCCCACAUCCCUCUCCACUGAAGUGCGAUAUGAGAAGAUGAUGGAGCUAUUCGGCGCCUCAGGCCAUCUCUGUCGCACGGUGGACGAAAUCCAGGCCGCGGUCAAGGCCAGCCUAGCAGUUACCGACCGGCCCAGCAUCAUCAAUAUACUCAUCAGCCCACAGGCCAACCGCAAGCCGCAGACUUUCAACUGGCUUACUGAGUCUAAACUGUAAUUUGUUAUAGAAACUGCCCGAUCAUUGGAAGUCAUCCCUUUAUUGGCACUUUAGAUUUGUUUGAUAAUACUUGGACAGUAUGGGAUUUUCUAUAGUUGAACUUACAAUGAAGACUUGCCACAGAGGGGUCCAUAUUUUUUUUCUUUAAGAAGUCAAAUCCAGGUUACAAAGCCAGGUUUUAUUCUAGCAAAUAUGUGGCUAAGCUAUUUACAAUCUUAUAAACCCUUACUUACAAAAAUAUUUUAAUUUUGAUGCAUUUUUAUAUUAUACUUACAGUGGUAUGGUACGGUUACGGGUAAGUGAAGGAUCCAAAAAACUAAAGCUGUUUACACACACGCCGCGCGGCGUGUGUGGAAAUAGCCUAAAACCUGUUUAUAUCGAAUAAGCAAACAAAAGCAAGUUCAUAAAGUAAUAAUUGUAUAAUAUAUUUUACCAAGACUGUUGUAUAUUUUUGUAUAUAAAAGUUUAAAAUAUCAUCACAAGAUGACAUUAUA